UAUCAUUACACUAGCCUUAUCAUGAAGCUAGUGAGAUUUUUGAUGAAACUCAGUCACGAGACUGUGACAAUAGAACUGAAAAAUGGAACUCAAGUCACCGGUACAAUUACAGGUGUAGAUGUGGCAAUGAACACGCAUUUAAAAACAGUGAAAAUGACGAUAAAGAACCGCGAUCCGAUACAAUUGGAAACUUUAAGUCUGCGAGGAAAUAAUAUUAGGUAUUAUAUUCUGCCGGAUUCUCUUCCCUUGGAAACAUUGCUGAUUGACGACACACCGAAAGCUAAGGCUAAGAAGAAAGAAGCUGCAAGAGGUGCGGCACGUGGUAGAGGACGUGGCGCUAGGGGUGGUAGAGGUGGCAGAGGUGGCCGAGGUAGAGGGAGAGGCAGACGAUAAUAAUUUAAAAUAUAUCCUUCACAAGAUUACACACAAUCACAUUUUGUAUCUUAAGAAGAGAAAACCAAAUUUUUCUACUUUAAGGUAUAUUGCAGUCAUUAUCCACCUAAUUUUAUAAAAAAAAGAUGUAUCUAUAAAAAAAUUAUCCAUUGAUGUAGAUAAAUUGAUGCUAAAUUUCAAGAUAUAAUGUGAAUAUUUAUUUACUCACAGAUUUAAGUAUAAUAUACAUUGACACAGGCAUUCCAAUAUCUUAUUCGAUUUUAGAAAGUAUAUAUUCAAAAUGAAUAUAUGAAAAAAUGAUGACAAUAUGAAAAAAUGACGAUAAUAUGGAAAAAUGUAUAAAACUGGUUUCUUCUUCAAACAAUAAAAUCGAACUUCUAUUACUUACUGUAAAAAUUAAGUUAGUUUUCAAUCAUGAUUUAUUUAAUAUAAUUCCAAUCUCUAUUAAUUUGUGUUAAUCCAAUAUACUGUAACAAUAAAUAGCAUUAAUUGUGCAAGUUUUCAUGAAAAAAGUAAAAUCACAAAUUAUGGUCAUGAUUAUACAUGACAUAAAAUCACGAUGGUACAAAUUACACUUAUUUCAUAUUGAGAUUGUUAAUGACGAUAGCGUUACAAUCUACUUGAUUAAACUAGAUAAUAAAAAUUUUUCUGUACGAAUUAAGUAUUAUGAAGACUUUCUGAAUAAAAAAUAUUGAUAAAAACAA